AUGCGAGCACAAAACGAUAAAUCAUUUGCAGCAUUUCUUGAGGAAGUAGGGAACAACUCUUGUGUAAAUAACAACAAAGGAGAGAUUCAGAUCCCAACAACUUCAUUGAUUACCUCUGAAAAUAAUGACUUGUUGCAACUAAUUGACAAGAUCUACCCACAUAAUUUACUCCAUCCAAGUUCCUCUGCUGCAUUAAUUGGUAGAUCUAUAUUGACACCAACCAACGAGACAGUUGGUACUAUUAACAAUCAAAUAAUUGAAAGCAUGUUUGGAGAACCAAUCGUACUAAUUGCAAGAGAUGUAACUAAAGAUCCAUCACAACAAGCACAUUAUGAAGAUUACCUAAAUACUUUGACACCUAAUGGUAUGCCACCUCAUAGAUUAGUUUUGAAGACAGGUGCACCAAUAAUGCUAUUGCGUAACUUAGACCCCACAAAUGGCCUUUCAAAUGGUACACGGCUUGUUUGCAAGCAAAUUACACGCAAUCUCUUACAAGCAGAGAUUGCAACUGGCCCGCAAAAAGGAACUUUAUGCUUCAUACCACGAAUACCUUUAAAGCCUAACAAUAUACAUGAAUGCUCUGUUGAGUUCAUACGUACUCAAUUUCCAGUGAAGUUGUGCUUCUCAAUGACCAUUAACAAAUCACAAGGGCAGACAUUAGACGUUGUUGGAGUGUACAUGAAACAACCGGUAUUUAUGCAUGGCCAACUAUAUGUUGCACUAUCACGAGCAAAAUCUUUUGACUCUUUGCAUGUCCUCAUUCCUUCAGACAUCAACACUGGAAUGCAUUGUUCUUGGACGAGAAACAUAGUUUACAAGAAGCUUUUACAAUUGGCUGGCAUUAAUAUACCUCCACUUCCAAAUCCCACAUAG